GGAGGGGGAGCGGUGAGCAGUGAACCUGCAGAGAGACAGUCACGAGAAGGAGGCAGGCGUCUCGGAAGAGCAGAAGGAAACGCAGCCCGGCCCUAGCGCCAUCGUCGGGAGCUGUCCCCGAUGCCAGCCGCCGACGAUCCAGGCGUGAGCGCCAGAACCCAUUGACCCGCAGCCGGCGAUGGAUGCAUGUAUGCAUGGCUACAUGGACAAGUGGAUGAAUAUUAGAUUCUCUGAGGUUUUCUAAAGGGUUUUUCCAUUUAUUCUUGAAGUCCCUCCUACAACUAAAAGCCACUACGAAGGACCACCAAGAUGGCAGGAGCCUCAGUAAAGGUGGCAGUGAGAGUACGCCCCUUUAAUUCUCGAGAAAUGAGCCGGGACUCGAAAUGUAUCAUCCAGAUGACAGGAAGCACCACGACCAUUGUCAAUCCAAAACAGCCCAAGGAGACACCCAAAAGCUUCAGCUUUGACUAUUCCUACUGGUCACAUACCACGCCUGAAGACAUCAACUAUGCAUCACAGAAACAAGUAUACCAAGACAUCGGAGAAGAGAUGCUGCAACAUGCCUUUGAAGGCUACAACGUCUGCAUCUUUGCCUAUGGGCAGACCGGUGCUGGCAAAUCCUAUACCAUGAUGGGGAAGCAGGAGAAAGAUCAGCAGGGCAUUAUCCCCCAGCUCUGCGAAGAUCUCUUCUCUCGAAUCAAUGACACAACGAAUGACAACAUGUCCUACUCAGUAGAGGUCAGCUACAUGGAGAUUUACUGUGAGCGAGUCCGGGAUCUCCUGAACCCCAAAAACAAGGGCAACCUUCGAGUGAGGGAGCACCCCCUCAUGGGCCCAUAUGUGGAAGACCUCUCCAAGCUAGCUGUCACCUCCUACAAUGACAUCCAAGAUCUAAUGGACUCGGGAAACAAAGCUAGGACGGUGGCUGCCACCAACAUGAAUGAGACCAGCAGCCGCUCCCACGCUGUCUUUAACAUCAUCUUCACACAGAAACGCCACGAUGCUGAGACGAACAUCACCACAGAAAAAGUGAGCAAGAUCAGCCUCGUUGACCUGGCAGGGAGUGAGCGAGCUGACUCCACAGGAGCCAAGGGCACACGCCUCAAGGAAGGAGCAAACAUCAACAAGUCCUUGACCACACUGGGAAAAGUCAUCUCUGCUUUAGCUGAAAUGGAUUCUGGGCCAAACAAGAAUAAAAAGAAGAAAAAGACUGAUUUCAUACCAUACAGAGACUCAGUGCUGACCUGGCUCCUCCGGGAAAAUUUGGGGGGUAAUUCCAGAACUGCUAUGGUGGCAGCUCUGAGCCCUGCAGACAUCAACUAUGAUGAGACCCUCAGCACCCUAAGAUAUGCUGACCGGGCCAAACAGAUCCGGUGCAAUGCUGUCAUAAAUGAGGAUCCCAACAACAAGUUAAUCCGAGAGCUGAAGGAUGAGGUGGCUCGCCUCAGAGACCUCCUGUAUGCCCAGGGGCUUGGGGACAUCAUUGACACCAACACUGUGCCGGGAGGACCUAAAUACAUGUCCGACUUUGAGAACAAUAAUGGUAACCCUGGCGUGGCAGAAUUGAGUCAACGCCCUGACAAUCUCUCCACAGUGACCAACGCCUUGGUGGGCAUGAGCCCCUCAUCUUCCCUGUCGGCCUUAUCCAGCCGAGCGGCCUCUGUGUCCAGCCUCCAUGAGCGGAUGCUGUUUGCUCCAGGCAGUGAAGAAGCCAUUGAGAGGCUGAAGGAGACUGAAAAGAUCAUUGCUGAACUGAAUGAGACCUGGGAGGAGAAGCUGCGCAGGACAGAAGCCAUCCGGAUGGAGAGGGAGGCUUUGCUGGCUGAAAUGGGUGUGGCCAUGAGGGAAGAUGGAGGCACCCUGGGUGUGUUCUCUCCCAAAAAGACACCUCAUCUUGUCAACCUGAAUGAAGAUCCUCUGAUGUCUGAGUGCCUUUUGUACUACAUUAAAGAUGGAAUAACCAGAGUUGGCCGAGAGGAUGGAGAGAGGAGACAAGACAUCGUCCUUAGUGGACACUUCAUAAAGGAAGAACACUGCAUUUUCCGGAGUGACACCAGGGCUGGCAAUGAAGCAGUGGUGACCCUGGAACCGUGUGAGGGGGCAGACACCUAUGUCAAUGGCAAAAAAGUGACAGAACCAAGCAUUCUACGAUCUGGAAACCGUAUUAUCAUGGGGAAGAGUCAUGUAUUCCGAUUCAACCAUCCUGAGCAGGCUCGGCAAGAGCGUGAACGGACCCCAUGCGCAGAGACACCUGCAGAACCAGUGGACUGGGCCUUUGCCCAGCGUGAGCUACUUGAAAAACAAGGCAUUGAUAUGAAACAGGAGAUGGAACAGAGACUCCAGGAACUUGAGGACCAAUAUCGGAAGGAGAGAGAAGAAGCCAACUACCUCCUCGAGCAGCAGAGACUGGACUAUGAGAGUAAGCUUGAGGCUUUGCAAAAGCAGAUGGAUUCCAGGUAUUACCCAGAGGUCAAUGAAGAAGAAGAAGAGCCUGAAGAUGAAGUCCAGUGGACAGAGAGAGAAUUCGAGCUGGCACUUUGGGCCUUCAGGAAGUGGAAGUGGUACCAGUUCACAUCUCUGAGAGACCUCUUGUGGGGCAAUGCCAUUUUCCUCAAAGAAGCCAAUGCCAUUAGCGUGGAGCUAAAGAAAAAGGUCCAAUUCCAAUUUGUUCUCCUUACGGACACUCUCUACUCUCCCCUGCCUCCGGAUUUGCUUCCCCCCGAUGCUGCCAAAGAAAGAGAAAAACGACCCUUCCCACGAACCAUCGUGGCUAUUGAGGUCCAGGACCAGAAGAAUGGUGCUACACAUUAUUGGACACUGGAGAAACUCAGGCAGAGACUUGACUUGAUGCGUGAGAUGUAUGACCGGGCGGCCGAGGUACCUUCCAGUGUUAUCGAGGACUGUGACAAUGUGGUGACUGGUGGGGACCCUUUCUAUGACCGAUUCCCUUGGUUCCGGCUGGUUGGCAGGGCCUUCGUGUACCUCAGCAACCUGCUCUACCCCGUGCCACUGGUCCACCGAGUGGCCAUCGUCAGUGAGAAGGGUGAAGUAAAGGGCUUCCUGCGUGUGGCCGUGCAGGCCAUCUCAGCGGAUGAAGAAGCUCCAGACUAUGGCUCGGGUGUCCGGCAAUCAGGAACAGCCAAGAUUUCCUUUGACGAUCAGCAUUUUGAAAAGUUCCAGUCAGAGUCCUGUCCGGUAGUGGGGAUGUCUCGUUCUGGUACCUCCCAGGAAGAGUUGCGCAUUGUCGAGGGACAGGGACAGGUCACCGAAAUCGGACCCUCUGCUGACGAAGUGAACAACAACACCUGUGCAGUGACUCCUGAAGAUCUGCUACUAGACAGCCCUGAGAAGAGUGCCGUGGACAGCCCUUUGGAAUCUGCCCUGGACCAUCUGAAACUGGGCAGCAUCUUCACCUUCCGGGUGACAGUGCUCCAGGCAUCCAGCAUCUCUGCCGAGUACGCUGACAUCUUCUGCCAGUUCAACUUCAUCCACCGUCACGAUGAGGCCUUUUCCACAGAGCCGUUGAAGAAUACAGGGCGAGGGCCGCCUCUUGGAUUCUACCACGUCCAGAAUAUUGCAGUUGAGGUGACCAAGUCCUUUGUUGAAUACAUCAAGAGUCAGCCGAUUGUAUUUGAAGUCUUCGGCCAUUACCAGCAGCAUCCUUUCCCACCUCUGUGCAAGGAUGUUCUCAGUCCUCUACGACCAUCAAGACGUCAUUUCCCUCGGGUCAUGCCACUCUCCAAACCAGUGCCCGCUACCAAGCUGAGCACCCUCACCCGGCCCACUGCUGGACCCUGCCACUGCAAAUACGACUUGCUGGUAUACUUCGAAAUCUGUGAGCUGGAAGCCAAUGGCGACUAUAUUCCAGCUGUUGUAGACCACCGGGGAGGGAUGCCAUGCCUUGGAACUUUCUUGCUCCAUCAGGGGAUCCAGAGAAGGAUCACGGUGACCCUGGUGCAUGAAACUGGCAGCCACAUCCGCUGGAAAGAAGUGCGAGAGUUAGUUGUGGGUCGGAUCCGGAACACUCCAGAAACAGACGAAUCCCUCAUCGAUCCCAACAUCCUCUCGCUCAACAUCCUUUCAUCAGGCUACGUCCAGCCCUCUCAGGAUGAUCGCAUUUCAUUCGGAAAUGACACUAGGACCUUUUACCAGUUUGAAGCUGCUUGGGACAGUUCCAUGCACAACUCCCUCCUGCUGAAUCGGGUCACCCCUUAUCGCGAGAAGAUCUACAUGACACUAUCUGCUUAUAUUGAGAUGGAGAAUUGUACCCAGCCUGCUGUGAUCACCAAAGAUUUCUGCAUGGUGUUCUACUCCCGGGAUGCUAAACUCCCAGCAUCUCGUUCCAUCCGCAACCUAUUCGGCAGCGGGAGCCUGCGAGCCUCCGAGAGCAACCGGGUGACGGGAGUGUAUGAACUUAGCCUGUGCCAUGUGGCUGAUGCUGGAAGUCCAGGCAUGCAGAGAAGACGCCGGCGUGUCCUGGACACUUCUGUCGCCUAUGUCCGAGGGGAGGAGAACCUGGCUGGCUGGAGGCCCCGCAGUGACAGUCUCAUCCUGGACCAUCAGUGGGAGCUUGAGAAGCUAAGUCUACUUCAGGAGGUUGAAAAGACAAGACAUUAUCUCCUCCUACGUGAAAAGCUGGAGACAACUCAGAGAUCAGGCCUGGACACCUUGUCCCCCUGCUCCAGCGAGGAUUCCGAGUCCCAUAGCACUUCCUGCGUCUCCUCUCCUCUCUCAGACGGCACCUCUGAGAGCCGCGCCACGACCCUUGACAUUCCCAGUGAACGGCAGAAGGAGCUGGCAGCCAAGUGCCUUCGCCUCCUCACGCACACUUUCAACAGAGAGUACACCCACAGCCAUGUCUGUGUCAGCGCCAGUGAAAGCAAGCUGUCAGAGAUGUCGGUGACUUUACUGCGAGAUCCUUCCAUGUCUCCCCUUAGUGCAGCUACUCUCACUCCAUCUUCUACCUGCCCAUCCCUGGUUGAAGGCCGGUACGCUGCCGCAGACCUGAGGAACCCUCCGCCCUGCUCCCGACCAGCCAGCCCUGAACUGGAACCGGUGCUGGAGGGAGAGCAGAAGAAAUCUCCCUCUCCUGCCAGUGGGCCAGAAGCAGAGAAGGAACCCCAGCGUUUGUUGGUGCCUGACAUACAAGAGAUCCGGGUCAGCCCUAUUGUCUCCAAGAAGGGCUACCUACACUUUCUGGAACCCAAGACAACGGGUUGGGCCAAGCGCUUUGUGGUGGUGAGGCGCCCCUACGCUUACAUGUACAACAGUGACAAGGACUCUGUGGAGAGGUUCAUUCUCAACCUCUCCACUGCCCAGGUGGAAUACAGUGAGGACCAGCAGGCCAUGCUCAAGACUCCCAACACGUUUGCUGUCUGCACUGAGCAUCGAGGCAUCCUUCUGCAGGCAAACAGUGACAAGGACAUGCAUGACUGGCUGUAUGCAUUCAACCCUCUCUUGGCUGGAACCAUAAGAUCCAAACUCUCUCGAAGGAGAACAGCCCAGAUGAGAAUCUAAAUGACCAUCUUCCACUAAGUCGUCUCUUUGCCAACUGCAUCGGGUCCAGUAGGAGGGUCCUUCCCAACCUUCCAAUCUUCCCCACCCCCAUGGUCCCUAACCUUGGAUCAGUCACGUCAUUGACGGCCCUGACCACCUGCUCUUCCGCCAGCCUGCCAACAGUCUUCACCUUCGUUUUUCAUGGUAGCCGCUAAACUGCCACGUCCUGGCCUGACCAUUGUCUUGUGCACAAGAUCUUCUGAUCCUCCCUUUGUCAGGUGACCCCAUUGUCCCCACAGGCUAUACUGCUCAUUAGCAGAAGCUACCACUGUUUUACUUCUAGGUUGAGCAAGCUCUUGGUAGAGAGAGUUGGAGCGUGUUCAAAAGGUCAAAGGUUUCAAGUCAGGUGCUUCUGCUGCCAAUCAGAUCUUCUUUUAAAGGAUGGAUAGAUCCAUUAUUAAAAUACCAUGAAUUGGCAAGGUUUUAAGAUUUGGCUCUACCAAUCCCUGCCUAACCCUAACCCUAAGCCCUGGUUAUCAUAUUUAUGAAGCAUUCAUUUCUAAUGCCUUCCCCUAUGGCCACUGAUUUGAGUUGAUUCCAGUUUUCAUUUUUUGGUCUAUGGUGCUCCAGAAAAUAUUGAGCAGCAGUCCUCACUGAGGCAGGUCAGCCCUAAGUAGAGAGAGCUCUGGGAAAUGAACAACCAUCAGAGAACAUCAUUUUCAUUCCCUUCCAAAAAUUCUAUAGAGUUCAGGGGAGUCCCAGCUGUGCUGGGGUGUAUAGGCAGACAUUGCAGCUGGCUGGGGUGAUGGGGGCGGGGCGGGGCGGGCAUGCUCAGCAGGUCUGCCAGCGUAUUGGACAUUCAUUCAUCCUCUCCAGGAUCUUUCCCUUCCUCCCUCUCCCCAGAGCCGAACCCAAACCAAAGUGCAGAGGAAGCUGGGACAUUCUGCCUACACACCCAGCACCAUGAUGCCCCAUGUUUAGCACACAGAUUUCCAUGCAUCCCUGUACCUGAGUGGCUUCUCAGAGACAAAGCACUUUUUCAAAUGGUUUUGCCUUUCCCUUGUAUGUGGGUUUAAGUGUGUGUACAGCAUGACUGGUUUGGGGGCCACAAGGAGGAAAAAUGAAUCCCUUUCCUUAUUUCCUGAAGCCCAACCAGUGUAUUGGAUGGGAGAUAGUUGUUCCUUACCUGGGAAAUAUGAAUUCAUCCUUUUCAUCACUAUUUCUGCCCCAUAAGGUAUGACCAGGUAGGCAGAGUGUGCCUUGCAUACGCUGGGUGUACAAUAAAUGUUUGUUGAAUUGACAUUUCUGAAGCCGAAGCUGUAAUGCCAGAGAAAUGGGGGUGAACAGAUAUGGAAAGAAGGUCCCAGAGUGAGGCAGCCAGUCUACAAAGUAGCAUCCACCUGGCAGUAAUAUAGAAAGGGCCCAGAUGUCCUCUCUAGGCUCCCCUACCUACUACAUUCAAAUAAGAAACUAUACCAAUGCAGCCAAACUGGGUUAUACUGAACUGUGCCCUGUGUUAUCUGGAAGAGUCAACUCUUGACCAUUCUCUCCACCUCUAGCUCAGGAGACUUGUAAGAGACCCUUGCAGAGAGACUAUACAGUCAAGUGGAAAGAAAAUGGCAGGGAAGGAUCCAGCAAUACACUAAUAGUGGAACCAAGGAGCCAUAGCCUGUCCUUUCCGUAUGUCUGCUCUUUGUGACCAAUAGGAUUCUAAUUUGAGCUCCCGAGUGUGAGGUCACUUGGCUAGUUUAGAACUAGGAAGCAUACCAGGGUACAGAUGCUACAAUUCAGGGUAGAGGGUCAAGGCUCCUUCCAGAAUAAUGGGCUAUCUCACUAAAUCAUCAAUUCCCUCUAAAUUCUCUAGACACUCAGCCCAUGAACUCAGCGUUGUUGUCUUGAAGCACAGGGCUCAGUCUCAUUACCUAUUUUGGCCAGGGUUUUAUCCUUCUCCCAUCUAGUGAGAAGGCUGUGUGAAUUUGAUGAGAGAAUGACUGAUUGAUGAGGUGGUAGUGGGUGGGAUGGUGAUUGAUUUUUAUUUUUCUAUGUAAAAAGAAUUUCUUUUUGUCCUCUGCCCCUGAUAACAUAAAUUUUAAUUUCAUGCUCCUGUGAAUCCCCAACUUGUUGAUCUGGCCCAAAGAGUCUGGCUAACCAAAGAACCCUAGAAUCCCAUGGCUAGCCAAACCACAUCGACUGAACAAGAAGUUCCCUUGGAACCAGUUCUUAUCAAUGAUACCUUUGAGUUCAGGCUCUGCUCAGCUAAUAGUUAUGUUUCAAACUUUACAGUUAAAUUAAGCUCCAAAGAUGAAUGUUUUUAGACUAUCUAUUGUUUGGAGCAUCACUUGGUAUGUUCUCCAAUCAUGGGAGCUUUAACUAGACCCCUCCAUUCAGUCCCCUUUCAGAACAGCAAUUGCCCAGAGAGGUAUCUGUGACCUUUAGCUGAGUACCCACAGGACUAGACCAAAUCAUAGCUCAUCUUCAUGUGUAUACCCUGGCUUCUCACUUCCCUUUUCUCAUCUUCUUGGUUGUAGUGAAUAUGUUAUGAUUCCCAAACUGAGCUAUUUAUACAUUUGUCUUUGGAUAAGAGAGAAGAUGGACCCAUAAUAACCUAGAAAGCCAACCUCCAGAAACUUCAGCAGGCUCACUAAAAGCUCUAGAUUCCUUUUCCUCCAACUACCCUCCUCCCAAUGUUGUUCAAUCCCAGGGCCAAGAUUUCACAGUUGUGCUCAGUUUUGCCCCACUUCUGGCAAUAGUUAGAUAUUGCAAUAACUCAAAAAUUCUACUCUCUAGUGGAUGGUUUCUUAGUUGAUUCCUUCCUUGUCCCUUUUCUUUCUAAUUGUUGUUAGGACAAAUAUUCAGGCCAGGGCAUCAUUCUGUUUCAAUGAGACUUUGUUCUGUCUCUCAGGCCCCAAGUCAAUGUGAGUAGUGUCAUAUUUCCCAACUGGUUAGUACUGGUUCUUCCUCGUGGUCUUCCUCACCCACCCCCACGCCCAUUUUUGUCCUAGCAUGGUCACCAUCCAUAGUCAAAUCUACAUUACAAGUUAACAACCAUUUAAACCACCCACCUUCCAAGCAAAAUUGUAAAAGAUGCCCUUUGUCUUUUUACAAGCUAUAGGAAUGGAGUUUUUUUUGUUCUACCUCCAAAAACACAUAUGGUGCCCCUUGACCUUUUAGCAUGGCAUGACUAAGAGAAGACUCUAUUUCUAAGACUUUCCCUUUAAAAGUUAUUCCAUUCCCCCAGUGUGUUUCACAAGAGACAAAUAUAGGAGAGAAGAUCCAAGUUCUUUCAAGACACUAAAUUUUGAACAAAUGUCAGCCCCCAAAAAUAUGAUUUGAAGCUAGAAUUAUGACAGAGACGUUUAUGUAUUUCAUGACAACCUGAUGACUAGAAUAGAAAAUGUAACACAUAGACAAAAAGCCGUAUGAAUCCCUACCCUCUAAAAGAUACCCACAAAGAGCUGGAAGUACGUCCCUUGGUAGCACAGGCUGCAUGUCAAACCAUCUUGAUGACAGCCCUAGAGCUAGAUGCUUCCUUUGGAAAUUAACACUUCUCAAUUCUGAAUUGGAAUCAAGGGUCUUUUGUGAAAUGUUGCUUUGCCUUUGUCUCCAUUCAAACCUAAUGAAAAGAUCUUCCCCUAGUGAAGUAAGAUGUUCUGACUGAGUGGAAAGACAUCUUCUGCAAGUGCCUACUGUUGUUUUCCAGAUUAUUCUUGGAAAGGUAAGAAAUAACAACUAAAGGUAAUAUGAGCAUUGAAGCCUCCCAGAGCCCAAGAUUUCCAAGGAGGAAGGGAUCUCCUUUAGGGGAAGGUGACGGACAGCCUUCAAAGCUGUUAAGGGCCAUGUUGUCAGGUCAGCCAUCCUGAAGAACAUGGUCUAGGAAUGCUCUUCCUCCUCCCUCCCAAUCAGUGAAGGACACCUGUGCCUGAGGCCAGCCAACCUGCAGAGCACAGUUAUUUGGGGGAGGGAUGGUUGGGGGACAGGGUGAGGGGGAUCAGAAAAGAAAUGCAGUAGACUUUUUGGGGGUUUGUGUGAAUUUCUUACAAAAUAUCAAAAGAUCUGAAAUCCAACAAUUAGGUAGACCUCUACUUAUGAUAAUUCCCUCCAAGGUCUGAUUCCAGAAUGGGAAUGAUUAGGAUUCUGAAACUCAUUUGCCUUGGUGUAACCCACAACAUUUUUCCCCAACUGCAAAAUGAUAGUCCUGGUACUAUUAUUGGUAGGGUCCAGGAAUCAGCUGCCAGAUAGAUUUUUUUCUUUAAAUAGUAGCAAAGAAAUCCUAGCGAUUGUUGAAGAGAUGAAGAUGAGGAAGAAUUUAUAAACCAUAAACAUGACACAUUUUGAAAUUGUUUUAACAAUGCUCAUAAUCUAGCAGCAAUCUAUUUACAAGGAUAACCUUUCACCAUCAAGAAUGAUUUUAAGUGAGAAUUAAUGAUUAAUUCUCUAGCACCUCUCACCACAUAGGGUUAAGGCAAGGCAGACCCAACCUCAUGUAGCCGUGAGAUAGACCUGAUUUGGGGAAAAAAAUCACUUUUUCUGAAAAGAGUAACAGUGUUUCCUACCACAUAGGGCCAAGGCAAGGCAGACCCAACCUCAUGUAACUAUGAGAUAGCACUGACUAGGGAAGGAAAAACAUAACUUUUUCUCAAAAGAGUAACAGUGUUUCCUUGAGAUGACUGCCACCACAAAAGUAAGUUCUUUUAUACAAAUUGGCCAUGACUUUAGACCAGACUGAGACCAAAUAGAAUUCCAUGGGAGAUGAACAAUAGAAAACACUCUUUGGUGUCUUCCCACUCUGUUUGACUGGUCUCUAUGACCAUGCAUGAGAUGUCUGUCAAUAGCUCAUCGAUUCCAAGCUCUUCAUAGGAAGAGCCCAUCAUCAUGUAACGAUGUUUUUGGUAGAGACCUAACUGCUAGAACCAUUACCUGGGUGCUUACACAAAAGAUGAAAUCAGAAUUCUUCAGGGCCUACCAUGUCCUGCGACACCUUCAGGGUGAUACUUUCUAAAGUGGCCACUAAGCCCAAACAAGUUGCUGAGAAGCCCUCUGAGGCCCUCCUGACCUGUCCUAAUGACUGCCAUGUUGAAGGCUGGGAUGCUAUCAAGCCAAGAGAAAGCAAUGGUCAACCCAUCUCUUGUACUCCUGCACUCUCUCUCUCUCUCUCAAUCUGUGUACCGCUAGGCUAGGGAAGGAAACUAUCUUUCUUCAGGAGGUGUCAUUUGCUGAGAGGCUUUACUUUAAAACUGAAGGGAGGUGUGGUUCCUUUGGAUUUUUUUUUUUGCCUGUGCUUCCAUGAAUUAGUUUGUCCACAUGAGUUCUUCCUGUGAUGCCAUCCCCCAAGUGCUGGGAGACCAUUUCUCUUGCUUUGUAUAUAUGUGAUUGCUGUGGGCACCACUGUAUAAUAACAAUACUCAAGUAAUGAGUCUAGUUUUAUUGAUGUCUUAAACUAUGAGUGUUGGAAUAUAGGGUCUUAAACUGUUUGUGUACACUCAAGGCAUUGUUCAGUUAAGAAAUAAAUGUGGCAUUUAUGCAAAUACCGGA